AUGCAUCAUCCCAGCGAGACCUAUUAUGAUGUACCGGCGAGUACAGCUUUGAGCUUCUGCGGACCCCCGGCCACCGGAGGCAUUUUGUGCUUUCAACAGACCUCGAACGAAAUGAUGUGCUCGUCCGUCUCGUCCUCAGAUGGUAGUCUCUUGCCUCCAUCGGAAGCCCACCCCGCACCAGCUGUGACCGGCUUACAUAUGCCACAGGCGGGAAGCGCGCUCGUAGCAAUGUGGCAAGCAACACCAGGCACUUUUCCUUGGGAGUUGAAUAUUUUCUACCAAACAGUAAGCGGCGACAUCAUUCAGAACGCUGAUGCCACUGGGACUUGGGUCAACAGUACCUUACCAGUGAGAUGA